AUGUCCGGUAAUCACCUCCCGCCAGUGCGACACCUGCCACAGUGGAGUCGAGUCGGGCAUCUCGGAGUGCCGUGCAAACCUCGACCUUCACUGGCGAACAGACUGCAGCCGCUGCCCGUUCUCCCCACGGGAGACCGAGAGGGGCCGAAGGUUACGAUGGGCUCGACUCAAGUCGACACGGACCUCCGCGUCGCUUCACUGCAGAGGAACAUCGAGUUCCUACAGUACCAGCACAAAGAAACACUUCAGAAACUUCAUCAAGAAGUUGACGAUCUCAGACGGGAGAACAAAGAGUUGAAGUAUAAGAUGAUUAUGGAGGCUCCCAAGCCAAGUAGGAAAGUUUUGAAACAUAACCAAGUGGGUGUUGGACCUUCCUCACAUGGGAAAGAAUCCCAACAGAACCAAAUGACAAGGGGCAUGGGAGACUGCACAGAGAUCCUUGGACCAAUCAGACCAAAUCGCAGGUCACAACAGUCUGAAGCGCCCGUUUCCUCAGUGGAGCCUCUCAAAGUCCAAAACGGUCCAUCUCAUCCACCACGUGCAUCGACGCUACGGGAGUGUGAGCUUAUCAUCCAGCAGCUGUACAAUACCAACAGUUUACAGUCUCAGGAAAUUGUACGGUAUAAGGAGUUGCUGAGAGAUAUUGUGGUUAACAAGAGAAUCACUCCAGAAAACUACAAUCUGACCAAAGCUUACCUUGGGGAUGAUAUCAGGACCGGUGUGACUCUACCAGCGCUCUCGAAGAGCCUCAGCUCAUCUGUGGUAGAGCGCCAGAGAAGAAGUCAAGCCGUACACAGAGGCCAUGUCAAGACUAAAGUGCGGUGA